GUGAGUUCUCGUGAAUCUCAUACUGGAAAUUCAUCAGUUGCUCUCUAUUCUCCACAAUGGCCAAUGAUGCAGAAUCGAUUCGGGGGGAGUGGAUAGCUACUGUAUCAUCAGACAUGUCCGACCAGGCCAAUGAUGCUGUAUCGAUUCAGCUAAGCAGAAAGAAAGAUGGAAAAACUCUUGAAGCACGACAUAAGGCAACGCGCUGGUGGGCAACAGUCUUCUUUAUGAUUUGUGGAUUUGCGGUCUUCAUUGAUCCUUUGUUCUGUUAUAUCUAUGUCAUAGACAGGGACAACAUGCGCAUCUCCUCCGAUCCGAAAGCGAUGUGGGCAUAUUUUGGUCUGCGAACAACCAUUGAUGUCUUUUAUUUUAUCGAUAUUAUCGUUUUCUUAUGUGGAGGUGAGGGUAAGAAAUUUGGGGCAUGCUGCUGGAAGCAGGAAAAUGAUCAAAAGUCGACAGUAAUCGAAAAAUGUUACUUGUUGCGUCGCAUUUUGGUCGCCCUUCCCAUUCCAGAGGUACUCGUGGUCUGUGCACCAUUUAUAAACAACUCUGAUCCAUUUUAUGCUAUCUUCGUUAUUGUCCCUUUCCAAUAUACGCUCCGGAUAUUUCUCAUCUAUGGAGGGGAAAGAUGGUCUCUUAUCAACGAGACUACACAAGCCAUGCUUAAACCGUUGUUGGUUUUGCUUCCAUUCAUCCUUGCUUCUCAUCUAUUUGGAGCGUUGUGGUACCGUCUUGCUGUGCAAAGACAAAUAGAUUGUUGGAAGCCACAUUGUGAAGUUAUUCGAGGAAAUAAUUGUACAAGAAUUAAAGACUUCCAGAUUCCAAAAGCGAUCAACAUCACGCAUUUGCAAGCAUUGUGCCCUACAAACAGUGAAGAUAAAAAAGUUUUUGACUUUGGUAUAUAUCUCUAUGCUCUUCAACCUAAUUCCACAUGUUCAUCCAAUCUUCUACAAAGGAUCUCGCAAUCUUUUUGGUGGGCUCUACGGAAUCUCAGUUCUUUUGGUGAAAAUCUCCAGACCAGCAUGCAUACGUUGGAAAUCUACUUUUCAAUUGUGAUAUCUAUAAGUGGCAUAGCGCUAUUUGUAGUAUGUAUUAGUGCAACAAUAAAGGGUUGAGGAAAGAUGAGUAAAAAAGUAAAAGCUUGAUGUCCUGCCUAAGCAGCAGACUUUGAUGGAGAAAUCCCAAUUAGAUGAUGACAUGGCGCAUUCUGAAUAAGUGAUGUGGAGAAGAUUAAAUUAUAGGAUCAAGAAGUUGAUUUCUCUUCUACUUCAAGGAAUCU